GUUUGGUGGAGUCGAUGGAGAAGGACGCCCUGGGUUGCUGGAAGGGGCUUCUCCUGCCCAGCCCGAGGGACGCGAGGCUAGACUCGGAGGCCGCGGCCAUCUGCGCUCUCCUGGCCCGCCCUGGAGACUGUCCCGAUGUCGACGAGGAGCUGGUGAAGGCCGUGCUGGGAGCGUCCCACGUGCUGAGUGACUCUGAUCUCCGACGCAUCGCGGAGGAGGUGUCCGCGACUGACCCUCGCAAGGUGCUGCUUCGGCUGGAGGCUGCCGUGGAGCGAAUGAAGUCCCACCCUGCUGGCCAGUCCCCUCAGCUCGUUCUCAUACUGGACAAGCACCUGCAGAGACUGCCCUGGGAGAGCAUGCCCUCGCUGCGGGCUCUCUGUGUCUCCCGACUGCCUUCCUUCCACUUCCUCCUUGGAUAUGUGGUCACCAAGAAGCACCAGGUGAGGUCCGUGCUGGCGGAGGGGGUAAAUCCCAGCAGUGUGUAUUAUGUUUUAAACCCUCAGGGUAACCUCCCCAACACAGAGAGGACUUUCAAGGACUGGUUUCGCAGGAGGCCAGGAUGGGAGGGAGUGGUUGGACGAGGGCCCAGCGAGGAGAAGCUGCGAUCUGUGCUGUGUAAUCGAGAUCUGUACCUAUACGCUGGGCACGGUGCUGGGGUGCGGUUCCUGGAGGGACAGGAGGUUCAGAAGUUGAGUUGCCGGGCGGCAUCACUGCUGUUGGGCUGCAGUAGUGCUGCACUCGUCCUCCGUGGGGACCUUGAGGGAGUGGGCAUUGUCCUCAAGUACAUGAUGGCUGGUUGCCCGCUGUUCCUGGGGAACCUGUGGGAUGUGACAGAUAAAGACAUUGACCGUUACAUGGAGAACCUGCUGCGGGGCUGGUUGGACGCGGGUUCGGAGGCCUCGCUCCUGGAGUACGUCGCACACGCCCGCACGGCCCCCAAGCUCAAGUACCUGAUCGGAGCCUCUCCUGUGGUCUACGGCCUCAGCAUCUCGCUGCAGUGAGCGUGCUGCCAGUUGUGGUGGCGGGGGGGGAAGUGGGGAGGAGGUGUUUGGGAACUCUGGUGGAUACCCAUCCCUCUCCCCCCCAACGUCACCAGGGACCGCACCCCGUGAGGGCAGGGCUGGAGCGGGCCUACAUCAGUUGUGGGGGAGAGGGGCUGGGAUCCCUCUCUAUCCCGGGAGAGAGGGGCUGGGAAUCUGAGCUGCCCCUGUAUAGAGUUGAGGUGGGGUGGAUUUUUGGGGACAGGACUGCGGCUCCAAGCAGUUGCCGGGAACUGAUUGUACUUUUUUAAAGCCCUUUUGUUUUUAAUUUAUGGAUCUGCCGUUGUGUUUAUUUUUUUUUUUGCGCGUGCAGUUUAAAUAAACGAGUGUUGUUAAUAAAGUCAAAAUUUAUUUCUCGUGA